AUGCCCCUCGCGUCCGGAGCCGCUCGCAGGGGAGGGGCUCUGUCAUGAAUCAGGGAGAAGGCGAUUAGUCACCAGAAGAGACGGACGGCAGCGCGUAAGUGUUUUAAUACUUGUUCUUAGCUCUGUUGUUUAAAUUAAUUACUUGCUGCUAGGAAAGAAUAGUUUGUUUCCUACCUAUUUCUAUUCUGCUUUUUCGUUGUGGUUUAUAUUUUUGAUUGCACUUACUGGUCAUUAUAAUAACUGCCCUUUAGCUGAAACUCCUUUCCUGCACUUAAGUGCGACGUGUUAGUUUCGAUUUGAGCCAUUGCCCUGCGAUUGGCUGGUGGUUGUGCUAAUUAAAAGCGACCACAGCUUUUUUUCACUCUAGACUGUGUAUUUGUUUGAGGUGUGUGCGCUGACGCGGAAGCGUCUGCGGAAGCGUUCAGCCGUCGUGUUCAGCCUCCUCGUGUGAAGACCGAGGAGUGUAAAGACCUGCGACUUUUUCCUGUGCGACUUGAACCGAGCAACGACACCGAGCUACACACUUAAGUCAGCACGGACUGCCCCUUCUAACCCCUGGUUAUCUGAUGUUCUUCGUGAACAUCAGACUAAACUCAGAGCGGCAGAGAGAAAAUGGCACAAAUCAAACAACCCGUCGGACCGGAAACAACAAACUGGACGCUAAACAGUCAGGUUUCAGGAGUGGCCAUUCAACUGAGACUGCACUUCUCUCGGUCACUGAAGCCCUGCGAAUUGCAAAAGCCCAUUCCAAAUCAUCAGUCCUCAUUCUGCUGGAUCUAUCUGCCACGUUUGACACUGUCAAUCAUCAGAUACUCCUCUCCACUCUCUCAUCACUGGGCAUCGCUGGAAUUCCACUUCGCUGGUUUGAAUCCUAUCUCACUGAUCCAACGGUAGCUGCAAGGAUCUCAGGUUGCCUGGCGGACAUCUCGGCAUGGAUGAAAGAACAUCACCUCCAGCUCAACCUGGCAAAGACUGAGCUUCUUGUCUUUCCCGCCACUCCGACUCUACAGCAUGACUUCACGAUCCAGUUAGGUUCAUCAACAAUUACCCCAUCAACUUUGGUCAGAGAUCUUGGUGUAAUCUUUGAUGACCAGCUGACCUUCAAAGACCACAUUGCAAAGACUGCUCGAUCUUGCAGGUUUGCACUACACAACAUCAGAAAGAUCAGGCCCUUUCUGACGGAGCAUGCUGCACAACUUCUUGUCCAGGCCCUUGUCAUUUCUAGGCUGGACUACUGCAAUGCUCUUCUGGCUGGACUUCCAUCAAACACAGUCAAACCUCUACAAAUGAUUCAGAAUGCGGCGGCACGACUGGUCUUCAAGGAACCCAAAAGAGCCCAUGUUACACCUCUCUUUAUCUCAUUGCAUUGGCUACCAAUCGCAGCUCGCAUCAAGUUCAAGACACUGAUGCUUGCUCAUAGAACAACCACAGGCUCAGCACCCGCCUACAUGCACUCACUAUUAACCCUCUGUGGUCGACAAACGCAUAUAUGCGUUUUGAGGCAGAUUUUCCUGAUAAGGCCGAAAUGAGCUUGAAUUACUCUGCCAUUUUUGAUCGUACAGAUAAAAGCAAUACACCAUUCGAAUCUGUAAGGGGUCUACUUUUAUUUGUAUACACUCAUAAUAACAACUAAACUUUGUGCUUUUGAAGAAUAAAGAAAACAAACAGGGUGUGCUCUCUGUCUUCUCCGUCUCCGCGAACUGUUUUUAGAAACGCGUCACUAAAAUGAACUGUAACUCAGCAAAUACUCAACACAGAGACAUGGGAGUUAUAUCUAAAGAAAGCUUGGAGUGUCUACUUUGAAAUGAAGCAAGUCUUAUCGAAAACAUUCUGUGAUGAAGUAAUCCGUAUGAAACCAACAUGAUGUUCAAUCUUUCCCGUCUGACUCAUCGCUAAUGUGACCCCCGCCCUCGCGCAACUCGCGCUGUUCAUAUGUAAAUAGCCACGUGGUAAGUGCGCGCGUGCAAACGCCCAACAACACAAACAAAGAGGAGGUCCUUCAUCGCGGCUACUGUUCGUUUCUGGAAGACGCGCUGAGUAAAGGCAGGAUUUCCCUCGAAAGAAGAACACGAUUUCAUCCAGCAGAGGAGAUGAAUACCAGCACCAGAUGAAUCCUGAUGUCUCUUCAAACUGUUUUCCUCUGAGAGCGCUGCACCAACAUCAGAUGUUCAACUACACCGAUAUUCUAUGUUAAAACAAGCUCCUUCUCUACUGAUUAUGUUUUUUUUCUUCUUGAAUCCAUGGAAAGUAGAAACACUUAAAUAACA